ACCACGAGACGCCGCACUGCGCAUGCUCGGCUCGGCUCAGCCGGGCAGGCUGUGUGUGUGACAGCGCCGCAGAACAAACCAAUCCUUGCCGGUGCUGGUGACUGGCAAGGCCAACAACCAAUCUUGGCGUGUACAGACACGUGCCGUCCGCCCUAGGCGGGCGUGAGCAGCAGCCAAUCGCCUAGCGAGCACGCUGGUUGGCAGGGCGCUGGGCCUAUCAAACGGAGCUGCGUCACGCCAGGGCACUGUUAAGCCUACGGUCCAGGCAGAAACCCCGGCCCCGCCCGCCGCCUGUCCCCGCCUAUGAGCGGCCGUAUUUUCUGACGGACGUGCACCUCCCCCUAUCAGCGGGCGCCGCGCGGCCACACCCUCGGAGGCUGGCGCUGGGCGGUGCCCGGCGGCGGGCGCAGCCCGGGCGGGGUCGGAGCGAUGGCGGAGAGCGACUGGGACACGGUUACGGUGCUGCGCAAGAAGGGCCCGAGCGCGGCCCAGGCCAAGUCCAAGCAGGCGAUCUUGGCGGCCCAGCGGCGCGGGGAGGACGUGGAGACCUCCAAGAAGUGGGCAGCAGGCCAGAACAAACAACACUUCAUUACAAAGAACACGGCCAAGCUUGACCGUGAAACAGAGGAGCUGCACCAUGACAGAGUUUCCCUGGAGGUGGGCAAAGUGAUCCAGCAGGGCCGGCAGAGCAAGGGCCUCACGCAGAAGGACCUGGCCACGAAAAUCAAUGAAAAGCCACAAGUCAUCGCUGACUACGAAUCAGGACGAGCGAUCCCAAAUAACCAGGUCAUGGGCAAGAUUGAAAGAGCCAUCGGCCUCAAACUUCGUGGAAAGGACAUUGGAAAACCACUGGAAACUGGCCCCAAAGGGAAAUGACAACAAAGCCUCGAAAUCAGUUUGCUCAGACUGAUCUGGUUCUCCUCAACCACUCUGCAUAUUGCCAAGCUGAACAAGAGGGUUUCAGACUUGCUUUGGGGGGAAAUCUGCUGCAUCUGUACCUGCUGUAAAAAAGGCAACCUUUAAGAAGCAAUUUUCCUGAUGUUUGUUUUUCCUUGCUCCUUUUCAGAGAUUGAGGAUCUAAACCCCAAGAAAAAACCCAAACCCUGCCUCUGAUUUGCCAGAAAACAUGUGCAUUGUGGUGUUAGCAGCAGCUGAUGUUAAGGCACUUAGGGUGGUCUGAAAUGUGAUGAUUUAAUUGAAACAAUUUGGGGGAUGGGUGAGAUAUAUUAUAUAUAAAUAAUUUGGGAGAGUUGGGGCUUGAUCAGAAAUGAUGACUCAGUCACUGUAUCUCAAUGAGUUUGGUUUGUUCUUUCCAGCCUGUUUUAAAGAGAUCUAUAAUAAAGUUUGAUACCCUUCAGUUGC